CACUCCAGCCAGGCGACCUUAUCCUGCAAUGGCCUGAGUACUGCCAGUGAUAGAUAAAUACCCUAAGAAAUCCGAGCGAAACUGUUUCUUCUUUCAAUCCUUCCAACAAGAUCGACUCAACUUUCCUAGUACCGUUCACCUGGUGCUUGAACUACCAAGAUACUCACUUGUAUUUCAUUCUCAAGCCCAACAACACCACCUACCAAACAGAUGUGUAUACUUCCACCAUCUCGCCCAUGGAAGACCACCUUCUCCGAUCCCCGGGAAGCUUGUACCAAAACAUGGUUCAGAUGUCUACGAUCCAUGGAAACAACCUGGCAGGUCUUUGUCCAAACAGCGAGUAUCCGUCCACGGACCCAACCGACCCCUUUCGACAUGGCUUCGUACCUACUACCCAAGCGAACAAUGGCAACAUGGAGGGACACCACUCCGUCUAUGAUCAUAUGCCAAGCUCUGGAACUUAUCAGCCAGUCCAACAGCUAGACAUGGCUGUUCCUGUUCAGAUGCCACAAUACGACGUGACAAGAUCGCGUCAUGUGUUGCAGCAAUUCCCAUUUCCCGCCCAACUUCCAUCCACCAACGACAGCGGCCUCAUAAGGAACCAAGGCAGUAGCAAUCGAGACCAAAACAGGCACCAACGCCUCGACUCUUUCCGAUGUGGAUGGUCAGGAUGUCACUAUGACCGCCCUUUCCGCCGCAAGGUAGACCUUAUGCGUCAUAUUGAAGGUCAGCAUGUAUCUCCAAGCUCAUAUAGGUGUGCGUGGUGUCAGCGGACAUUCAACCGUAGAGACAACUUGGGCGAGCAUCGGCGGAGAGUUCAUGGUGUGUUUGGCCUCUAGAUACUAAGCAAGGGUAAACGCCGGACGGAUAAUUCCGCAAACGUGGCGCCAAUUUCAGCUAAGCCUGCUUGGUUGAUAUAUAUCAUCUCGUUCGCUUCUCUCGGGUCUCUU